CCAACGUGGACUGUUGCUUAAAACUCUCUCCCUUUUUUUUCUCUCUCUCUCUCUUUGGGUUUGCGUUCCUUCCCAAAUCAACCCUGCUGCUGCUGCUACUCUUGCUGAGCCGUACCUGAUCUACCCAUACCAAGAAUUUUGAUUUCUUCUUGGGGCGGGUGGGGGGCGUCAGCCAAAGAAAGAGGCAUCAACACCCACACGACAAAGGCAGGAAAUCUCCAUCUGGGCUGGAGGCUGUGAAGGAGAACUACAGAGAAUCCAGAAGUUGCAACCUCUCCUAAAACACAAACACACACACACACAAACACACACAAACGUACAAGAAUUGUACUGCUCUCCUAGGUGUAUGGGACUUAACUUCUUGAAGCACUGAAUUGUUAAAGGAAAACCAUGACCACUUCACUACUCGCAUUUGUGUGUUUGCAAGUCAUCGCUGCAGCCGUCUCUGUGGAAGUUUUAGAUCAUGGUGCCACAUUGAGUGUGAGCAUACCGUUGCGUUCCCCCCUGCGCGUUCCUCUGGGAAGAACGUUGACCAUUCCCUGUUACUACAUUGAUACUUUGGAACAUGUCACCACGUCUCCAUCCACCCCACCCUUGAGCCCGAGAAUCAAAUGGAGCAGAAUAUCAGAUGGCAAGCAGGUAGUCUUGCUGGUAGCCAUGGACGGGCAUGUGAGAAUCAACACCGCGUACCAAGAGGUGGUCUCUCUGCCCAACUACCCUGCCAUUCCCACGGACGCCACUCUGGAAAUCAAGAGACUUCGGUCCAACGAUACGGGGAUUUAUCGCUGUGAGGUGAUCCAUGGCAUUGAGGACAGCCAGGAUACAGUAGAGGUGAAAGUAAAAGGAAUCGUGUUCCAUUACAGAGCCAUCUCCACUCGAUAUACUUUGGACUUUGAGAAAGCUAAGCAGGCAUGUAUCCAGAACAGUGCCGUCAUCGCAACACCUGAACAGCUCCAAGCGGCCUACGAGGACGGCUUUGACCAGUGCGAUGCGGGUUGGUUGGCUGAUCAAACUGUCCGGUACCCAAUGAACCAUCCACGAGAAGGUUGUUAUGGUGACAAGGAUGAAUUUCCCGGAGUGAGGACGUACGGCGUUCGUGAAACAGAUGAGACAUACGAUGUGUAUUGUUAUGCAGACGAAAUGGAAGGUAAAGUCUUCUACGCCACCUCUCUAGAAAAGUUCACCUUCCCGGAAGCAGCAGAGAAAUGCCGCAGCCUCGGCGCACGUUUGGCAACGACUGGGGAGCUCUAUCUUGCCUGGAAAGACGGCAUGGAUGUCUGCAGUGCUGGCUGGCUGGCCGAUCGCAGUGUUCGGUACCCCAUCAACAAAGCCCGGCCGACCUGUGGGGGCAACCUAGUGGGGGUGCGCACUGUGUACCUCUAUGUCAACCAGACCGGGUACCCUUACCCCCAUUCUCGCUACGAUGCCAUUUGCUACACGAGUGGCGACCUGGACACCAUUGUCCACGAGAACUUCACCGAUGAAACCAUCGAUGAGCUGGGAAGUGCUUUCACUGUCCGGACAGUCACCGAGAUGGACAUUGAACUGGAAUUUGCACGCAACGUCACCGAGGAGGAAGCCCGGGGCAGCGUUGCCACCUUGGAGCCAAUAGACUUUACCGCCACCCCUUCUGAGGUGGACGAGGCCUUCACAGCCAUUCCAGAUCUUUUUGCUACUGGAUUCACUGAGGAGAUCGAGAACAGGACUGAGACGGGACUCUGGGAGGGUAUAGAAAAUGCGACAAUGCCAACCUUGGAUACUCUUUUUACCACUGAAACCCCAGAGGUCAGCUCAGUGGAAGACAGCUUAUGGGCAACUCUGAGACCAGAACUUGAAUCUCCCUUGCCAUUUACAGUGGAAGAGCAAAUCAUCGUAGGAACAGCAGCUCCUGACAUUGGCUUUGUCCCCAAGGGACCCAUUUCUCCCACAGGUGUUGUCUUUCAUUACCGACCAUCCACCAAUAGAUAUUCCCUGACUUUUGUCAAGGCUCAGCAAGCUUGCUUGGAUAAUAACGCUGUUAUUGCCACUCCCGAACACUUGCAAGCUGCUUAUGAGGAUGGUUACGAUCAAUGUGACGCUGGCUGGCUAAGGGACCAGACAGUCAGGUACCCCAUUGUGGUUCCACGAAGCAAAUGUGAAGGAGAUAAAGAUGAUAUCCCAGGCGUGCGGACGUAUGGUAUGCGCCCAGCAUCUGAGAUGUUUGAUGUAUACUGCUAUAUCGAUAGACUGAAUGGUGAAGUCUUCUUUGCAACUCAACCAGAGCUGUUCACCUUACGAGAAGCUCAAGAAUACUGUGAGAGUCAGAAUGCCACUCUAGCCUCUACGGGGCAGCUCUAUGCUGCCUGGAGACUGGGCAUGGACAACUGCCGCGCCGGCUGGCUGGCUGACGGCAGCCUCCGAUACCCCAUUGCUCGCCCACGCCCCUCGUGUGGGGGGGACAAGCCGGGAGUGAGGACCAUCUACUUGCAUCACAACCAGACCGGAUUCCCUGACCCCCAAUCAAAGCACCAUGCCUUUUGCUUCAAAGCUCUACCCUCUCUCUAUGAAGAAACGGAGGAAGAUCUCAUCAUAGCCCAGCUGGUCCCUGGCAUUGAAGAAGUCCCCUCUGGGGAAGAAACAACUGUAGAAAUAGAGUUUGCCACUGAUUCAGAAAAUCAGACUGAGUGGGGAGCAGAAGUAUUCCCGACUAACAUAUCAUUGUUAUCCAUGAGUCCGUCAGUUGUUCCUCCCGUCUAUGCGACACCAGAAGAGAUGGCUACAGAAGCUCCAAUCACAGAGAUCAUCGUUUCUGGGUGGGCGUCUGGAGCUCCAGAUUUCAGUGGAACCAUUGAACCUUCUGGAGAUGGAGAAAGUGGAGAACCUUCUGGGGUUGGAGAAAGUGGGUUUCCUUCUGGAGUCCCAGAUGUUAGUGGGCUCCCUUCUGGGGAGAGCGGGUUGCCAUCAGGAGACAUCAGUGGCAUGCCUUCUGGUGUCAUUGAAGUCAGCAUGUUACCUUCUGGAGAUGAUGAAUUAUCAGGAAUUGAAUCAGAGACCGUGCCUGGACUUCAGGAAGGCAAAGGGGUUCCAGAAAUCAGUGGGUUGCCUUCUGGAUUUAGCGGAGAGGGCCCCAGCGUCGACCUCAGUGGCUUGCCCUCCGGAGAGUAUGAUUAUAGUGGUCUCCCAUCUGGAUUCCCGACGGUGUCUCUUGUGAAUGCCACUUUGGUGGAAAUUGUAACCACCGCACCAGACAGAGAAGUGGAAGGGAAAGGAACCAUCGGGGUCAGUGGAGAUGGCGAGCUAUCAGGUUUCCCCUCUGCUGAGUGGGACAUCAGUGGGACAACCAGCGGGUUGCCCUCAGGAGUAGACUUCAGUGGAAUACCUGAUCUCAGUGGCCUUACCUCAGGAUUUGAUGUUGGUGGGGAGCUGUCUGGGGUACCUGAUAUCUCUGGACUACCAUCAGGAGUGGACACCAGUGGACAGCCGUCUGGUCUACCAGAUUUCAGUGGGUUACCCUCAGGAACGGACUUCAGCGGCACACAUUUAGGGAUACCUGACAUAAGUGGCUUUGAGGACUUAAGCGGGAGGGGAUCGGCUGUGGAUGCAAGUGGCGAACCUUCGGAGGUCACCUUUGUUGACUCCCAUCUGUUCGAAGUGACAACAACGCCUUCGGCUAAAGAAGAAGAAGGGAAGGGAUCUGUAGAAAUGAGUGGAUUGCCUUCAGGGGAUGAAGAUCUCUCAGGCGCAGUGUCUGGAGUUUUAGACGUGAGCGGUCAACCUUCAGGACAAAUUGACUUUAGUGGGUGGACUUCUGGAGUUCAUGAACUCAGCGGAUUUCCGAGCGGACUUCCAGAGGUCAGUGGCGAAAGUUCUGGUCUGGGUCUUCCCAGUGGCUUACCAUCUGGAAUGUAUGAUUACAGUGGCCUCUCAUCAGGGCUUCCGACCAUCUCUCUUGUGGAUGCUACUUUGGUGGAAGUAGAGACACGGCCAACUGUUGCACAGGAACUGGGCGAAGGAACAUCUGGGGUGUUAGAAAUCAGUGGCUUUCCUUCAGGAGAGAGGGAAACAUCUGGAGAACUAUAUGGUGUGACAACAGCUGAUGGAUUACCCUCUGGGACAUUGGACAUCAGCGGAAUGGCAUCAGGGGUUCCCUAUUUCAGUGGAGAAAUUACUGGUGUCACUGACCUAAGUGGAGAAUCCUCAACUGUAGCUGGUACUAGCGGUGACGCUUCUGGCAUCCCAGAGAUCACUUUAGUAACAUCUGAUUUAGUAGAAGUUGUAACAAGCCCAGCAGUUUCGCAGGAGCUGGCUGGAGGGACUGAGGCAACACAGUCCCGUUUUUAUGAGUCAAGUGGGGAAGCUUCUGCUCCUAGUGGAGAAACGUCUGCAUAUCCUGAAAGUACUUUAAAAUCCCCUGAAUAUCAUGAUAUUAGUGGUGAAACAUCCACGUUUCAUGAACCUGCUGUAGAAACCUCUACCAUUCAUGAAAUCAGUGGAGAAACAUCCACGUUUCAUGAAACUGCUGUAGAAACAUCUGCCAUUCAUGAAAUCAGUGGAGAAACAUCCACGUUUCAUGAACCUGCUGUAGAAACCUCUACCAUUCAUGAAAUCAGUGGAGAAACAUCCACGUUUCAUGAACCUGCUGUAGAAACCUCUACCAUUCAUGAAAUCAGUGGAGAAACAUCCACGUUUCAUGAACCUGCUGUAGAAACCUCUACCAUUCAUGAAAUCAGUGGAGAAACAUCCACGUUUCAUGAACCUGCUGUAGAAACCUCUACCAUUCAUGAAAUCAGUGGAGAAACAUCAGCCUUACCAGAAAGCCAUUAUGAAGUAUCCACCACAUAUGAAGCCGGUGGUGAAACAUCAGCAUUGCCUGAAAGCUAUCCAGAAACAUCUGGGGUACCUGUUGUUAGUGGCUUACCUCUGGAGGCAUUUGAGGAGCGGAGCCAGAUCCAUGGGGAUAGCUCAGGACCACCACCUGACCUCCCCUCCGCUGUCCCAGGAAUGCCUGAUGUCUUACUUGGCACCAGUGAUCCAGAACACUCCAAGCAUCUGGAGAAGACCACAACUGAGGCCUCCACACCUGCAAGAUCAGAUUUGGAAAUGGGAGGUGCAGCCAUACCUGAUGUUCCACCUAUACCUGCUGCCACGGAUGUCCUGCCUGAAGUUUCACCCGAGAUGACAAAGGAGAUCAAUACAGACCUUGACGAGUGCCACUCCAGUCCUUGUCUAAAUGGAGCUACCUGCGUUGAUGGCAUCCACAAUUUCACAUGCUUAUGCCUCCCCAGCUACGGAGGGGAUCGCUGUGACGUUGAUCUGGCGGAAUGUGAAGUUGGCUGGACCAAAUUCCAAGGCAACUGUUACAAGCAUUUUGAGGAGAAACACACAUGGGUGGAUGCGGAGAAUCUGUGCCGAGAGCACCAGUCCCACUUGAGUAGCAUCAUCACGCCCGAAGAGCAGGAGUUUGUUAACAAGAAUGCACAGGAUUAUCAAUGGAUUGGCCUUAGUGACCGAGCCGUUGAAGGCGACUUCCGUUGGUCUGACGGACACUCUCUUCAAUACGAGAACUGGAGGCCCAACCAGCCGGAUAACUUCUUUGCCAAAGGGGAGGACUGUGUGGUCAUGAUCUGGCAUGAGAAGGGAGAGUGGAAUGACGUCCCCUGCAACUACCACCUUCCGUUCACCUGUAAAAAAGGAACAGUGACCUGCCAAGACCCACCGGCGGUCGAGAACGCCAGGCAUUUUGGUAAGAAGAAAGACCGCUACGAAAUCAACUCCAUGGUGCGGUACCAAUGUGACCCGGGCUACAUACAGCGUCACGUGCCCACCAUUCGGUGUCAACCCAACGGGCACUGGGAAGAGCCACGGAUAGCCUGCAUAGAUCCCUCCACCUACAAACACAGGCUACACAAGAGGAGCCCACGUACUCGAUCGAGGACCAACGGAGGCCUGGCACAGAAAACCACCCAUUAAAGAGAGGACAGAGAACAAGAAGAGUUGAGAGAGAGAGAGAGAAUGAAAGAGAGAAAGAGAGAGAGAGAGAGAUUUUAUGGAACAGUUCUAUUAACAGAAUCGAUCCCCCCCCCCGUUGAUUUUUGUUGUCGUAUAAGGAAAAUAUAUAUAUAUAUAUAAAAGACAAUCCCACCUUGUGUAUAUGUAAACAAAGCAGAACGAAGGAAAAACAGGGAAAGGAAGCUUUGCCGGAGAGCAAAGGAAAGAAAUAUACAAUCUCAGCUUUUAAUUUUAUUUGUUACUAACCGCUUGAAGCCCUGCGUCUCGGUAGGGGCUCAGUCUGGGGGAGGCCCCGUGAAGUGAGGGUUAACUUAAAUAAUAAAGUUGCUAAUUGUGUGCAUGUGUGUGUGUGAGAGAGUGUGUGUGUGUGCAUGCAGGC